AUUACUCAAAUAAAAUGCCCUCGGGGCCAAAAAAAUGGGCUGGUCCAGUCCACCGGCCAGAAUAUCUGGUAGUGGUGUAGAAAACUCUGUAGUUGUAACGAGUAUCAGCUUUGUCCUAGUCCAGGACACAAAGAAAGCUUGCAAUGAGAGCAGUAGGAGCAAUUCUUCAGAGAUUCUCAUAUGGGGUCUGCUUCAAAUGCCCAACCACUUGCUUUGCUCCUCUAAGGAAUGGUUUGCUUGGUAGGAGUACGUUAUCAUCAUUGUCAUCUUAUAGCUGUUAUUCUGGGUUCACAUUGUUUUAUGAAGAAAAACAUAGUCAUUGUCAAGUGAAUGUGAGAAGGUUAUGGACUUACCCUCCUCUCUGUAUGGGCAGGCGUUCUUCCAAAAUCGCCGGCAGAAAGGGGGCUCAGGAUGCUAAGAAGGCAAAGUUGUAUUCUAGGAUCGGAAAGGAAGUUGUGUCUGCUGUAAAGAAAGGUGGCCCAAAUCCUAUAUCAAAUACAGCUCUGGCUGCUGUACUCGAGAAAGCCAAGGAACUUGAUGUACCUAAGGAAAUUUUGGAGCGCAAUAUUAAGAGGGCUUCUGAGAAGGGACAAGAGGCUUAUAUUGAGAAAAUCUAUGAGGUAUAUGGUUAUGGUGGAGUUAGUAUGGUGGUGGAGGUCUUGACAGAUAAAAUAAACAGAUCUGUGGCAGCUGUUAGAGAGGUAGUGAAGGACUAUGGAGGAAAGAUGGCAGAUCCUGGAUCUGUCAUGUUCAAGUUUAGACGAGUUCGGAUUGUGAAUAUAAAAGUCACAGAUGCGGACAAAGAUCAGCUCCUUACCAUUGCUUUGGAUGCUGGUGCUGAGGAUGUCAUUGAACCUCCAAUAUAUGAUGAUGAUACUGAUGAAGAUAGCUCAGCACGCUACUACAAAGUUGUAAGUUCGUCCGAGGACUAUGCUGAAAUAUUGUCAAAACUUCGUGAGGAAGGAAUAAAAUUUGAGACUGAUAAUGGUUCAGAGCUACUUCCUUUAACAACUAUUGAGGUAGAUGAUGAGGCAAUGGACUUGAACAAAGAACUUAUGUCUAAAUUACUUGAACUUGAUGACGUUGAUGCUGUUUACACAGACCAGAAGUGAUCAAAUCCUAACUCCGGUUGCCUUCCUAUCAAUUGGGAAAGUUUGGAUGGUUCAGUGUAAGACAGUCAAUUUAUGUGGUUCACUUACACAAAAUGAGUUUGAAAUUGUUCAUGUGAUCCCGUGGGAAUACAAUUUCAGAUAACUUUUCUUAAGAGGGAAAAUGGGGAAUUUUUUUUUUUUUAUUUUUUUUUUGUUGGGUUGGGGUGGGGGAAUAAUUUCCCGGAAAUGGAAUUUUUGCACCUUAUAAUUGACAAUUGAUGAUCAAAUUCUGGGAGCAACUGCCCAUAUGUUUAUGGAACUGUACCACACUGAUUUAAUAAUAAUAUGAUAAUAGGAUUUAUUGGGUGGUUCUGGCACUUGACCCAAAUAUUUUCUUCUUUA